UUUACAUUGCAUUGAGUCAAAGAUCAAGAGUAGCCAUGAAGCAAAUAGUUUCUCUGAGACUACCAUUACCUCUCGCUCUACUGUUGAUUUGUGUCUAUUGUACAGUAUCUGUUGUCAGUACUGCCACUGGCAGUGGAGAUGUUGAUCAAGAGGGAUCUACCAUGCCAGACUACACCAGCACAACUACUGAAGCUGAAACUCACUCUACCACAAUAGCUCAAACCAGACCCACAACUGCGACUUCUAUUGCGGAUAUGCAGACAACCACUGAUUCUGAACAAGAAAUUAUCACUGUGCAGUCAAGUGGAACAACUGACGUAGCUGUUACUGAAACUACCACAGUUACAAGUCGACCUCCUUCAACAUUUCAAACUGCGACAAUUUUACCCCAAACCGAGUCAACUACCGGUCAACUUGAUUCAACAGCUGAUACAUCUGCUGGGUCUGUUACCACAGAAGAGCUAGCUUCAAUUCAGGCAAACACAGCUACCACACAAGCAGCUCCCGUUACAACUGAACAUCUCGUUACCACAGCUCCUACCAGACCCGCUAGGCCUACAGUCGCUGCAACGGAAGAACCAAUUCAGGCAAACACAGCUACCACACAAGCAGAUCCCGUUACAACUGAACAUCUCGUCACCACAGCUCCUACCAGACCAGCUAGGUCUACAGUCGCUACAACAGAAGAACCAAUUCAGGCAAACACAGCUACCACACAAGCAGCUCCCGUUACAACUGAUCAUCUUGUUACCACAAUUUCUACCAGACCAGCUAGGCCUACAGUCGCUACAACAGAAGAACCAAACACAGCUACCUCACAAGCAGCUCCCGUUACAACUGAACACCUCGUUACCACAGGUCCUACCAGACCAGCUAGGCCUACAGUCGCUACAACAGAAGAACCAAACACAGCUACCACACAAGCAGCUCCCGUUACAACUGAACAUCUCGUUACCACAGCUCCUACCAGACCAGCUAGGCCUACAGUCGCUGAAACAGAAGAACCAAUUCAGGCAAACACAGCUACCACACAAGCAGCUCCCGUUACAACUGAACAUCUCGUCACCACAGCUCCUACCAGACCAGCUAGGCCUACAGUUGCUGCAACAGAAGAACCAAUUCAGGCAAACACAGCUACCACACAAGCAGAUCCCGUUACAACUGAUCAUCUCGUCACCACCGGUCCUACCAGACCAGCUAGGCCUACAGUCGCUGCAACAGAAGAACCAAACACAGCUACCACACAAGCAGCUCCCUUUACAACUGAUCAUCUCGUCACCACAGCUCCUACCAGACCAGCUAGGCCUACAGUCGCUGCAACAGAAGACCCAAACACAGCUACCACACAAGCAGCUCCCGUUACAACUGAUCAUCUCGUUACCACAAUUCCUACCAGACCAGCUAGGCCUACAGUCGCUACAACCACACAAGCAGCUCCCGUUACAACUGAACACCUCGUCACCACAGGUCCUACCAGACCAGCUAGGCCUACAGACGCUACAACAGAAGAACUUCAAGCAAAUGUAACGACCACACAGACAGCACUGCUCACAACUGGCGUCCCAGUUUCAACCAGGCCUGUAGCAACCACUACAACUGAAGAGAUAGCAUCAAUUCAGGCUGACUCCGACACCACAGGUGCUCCUACUGAAGGCACUACAGAACCUCCAGAAUGUCGUGUCCCUGCCUACUCCAGCAUCAACUAUGAGACCACGUAUAGCAGCAGAGUCACUGAUGAUAGUCUGCUUGUUGUGGAGGGAAAGUGCUAUGUUGAGUGUAUUUUGGACGUUUCAUGAAAUCCCACCUUAGGAGGUAAAGUUGUACCGAAUAAUCAGUUUCCACCCUGGCCGUUCUCCACCCUGAAACCUCAAAAUUGUAACCCUCAUAAGUUUGUUCACGAGUGCACUAGAGGGUGCCUUGUACUCCACGAUGAUAUUCCACCAUCUCCCAACAUCGCCUGCCGACAAGACUGCAGUGAACAUUGUCAGAACGAGUGUGAUGCUAUUCAGUGCGACAACCCAGAUUCUGAUGAGUGGUGGGUCCGACAGAACUGCCCCAUCACUUGUGGUUCAGGCAAUAGUUGCGAUGACGGUUGCCAACUCUCUUUAAACUGUACAUCAACAGAGUGCAAUCGACCACUGAACCCCAUUGCCCCGCCCACCUUAGUCCAAACCGAGGGUAGUGAUAGAGCGGGAGUAUUCAGCGUGAACAUAUCCGGGUCUGUGCCCUCCUCCCCCUCUCUGACCACACCCGGCGUUGUGUUCCUAUUUGAGAUCCUGGAUCACACCACAAGCAACUAUUCCUACUAUUGGGUGGUUGACCCAGCACUAAGCCUGGACCUGGCGGACUUUGCCUGUAGAGAAGUGUCUGUCAGAUUUGCCGUGCUCAGCGUAAACGGACUCUCUGAUUUCUCAGGACCAACUCGAAUACAACAAAUUUAUGGAGUUCUGCUGUUUCUUCAUCACAAGGACUUUGCAUUUCUGUUUUCUUCAGGAGUAUAUUGCCUGUUCUGUUUCUUCAUCACAAGAACUUCAUUUCUGUUUUCUUCAGGAGUAUAUUGUCUGUUCUGUUUCUUCAUCACUUCAUUUCUGUUUUCUUCACGGGUAUAUUGUUUUGUGUUUAUUCAUCACCAAGACUUCUCUACGAGUAUUCAGUUGUACUUGAUUCUGCAUGUCAAAUACGUAAACAUUUUAAUUUUGUACGACUAUAAAAUUAUUAUUGUUUGCCACAGAA